UGCUGAUUAUCUGGAUGUUUCCAACUCUUGAACUGCAGCUAAAUAUGUAAACCUGUGAGGCACUGACCAUCCUGGCAGACCAGAGCCCUCGCAGGUUCCCCCUCGUCUGGAUCCGAACUAGCAACAUGAACUUCAUCAGUGUGCUGUCCUGCCUCGGCCUGGCGCUGACUGCUGCCGCCGCCCAGAGCCCAAAACCCUGUGUUUCUCCAGAACUGAUGAGUGGAGGCUUCACUCUGAUGGAUGCCGGCGGACUCUACAUGUCCACGGGAACUGUGAGCUAUGACGCCAUUGGUCAGAGGAUGCGGGUCAGAAACUUCCCGCUCGUCGGCAAUGAGACCUUUCCAAUGGACCAGCUGAUCCUUUUUAACCAGAAAGUCUACUACGAGAUCGACUGGAGCAAGUUAUCUUGCAAGAAGAAAGCACUGGACACCACCUUCAUUCCCAUGCAGGUUCCUUCUGAUGCCAAACUGAUGGGUCAGGUUUUCAUGGGCUCCUCUUCUCUCUGGGGAAUGGGUGUGCUGACCAACACCUGGUAUGGAGAACUGCCACAGAACGGCCAGUAUUCGGUUGUCUUCACUGAGAUCGGGUGCAUCCCUGUGACCUGGUCCAUGUACACUCCAGCAUCUGGAUGGGUCGCACUCAGCACCUUCAACUGGGUCUUGGGCAACACGAACCCGAUGGACUACAGCCCUCCUUUCUUCUGUGGCAAAGCUGAACUGGAGGAGAACGAGACACCAGAUACCUUCUUCACUGCCUUGCAGUCUCUGGCCAAGCAGACCAAGGAACAGGAGUAAACAUCUGAAGCAUCUCACUAAAACAAGCACAUCUAAAUUAAAUAA